GUGUUGACGGGCACAUAUGUAUCCAUAAAGGGGUAUUGAAGUUAAGCUUGUACACAUAUAUCCAGUACUUCCCCACAUUGAUCAUUGCCAAUGGUGUGGUUGAAUUCUGCUCGCUGGUUUGGAGAGUGUCCAAGUUGUAUCGCCGACAGAUCUUGUUUUUGACAGAUUGCUCGUGAUGCAUGAUGAUGAGAGAGAGGUUGAACUAAUUCAUAGUGAUGCCGUUUUCAAACGUAGUUUGCUCCUCAUCAGGUGCUUUGGUUCGAAGUAUAUGUGGUCACAUUCCUGCCGUCCUUGUCCUGAAGAACCUGAACAUUCAAACAUCUGAGAUGAUCACAAGCACUUGUUAGACAACCCAUACGUGCAACUAAGUUGCAAUUCUCGCUCGGUGUUAAGAUUCUCUAGAGCACUGUUUUACCCCAUAGUGAGCAAAGCACUCUCUUUGCUGAAACCAAUGCAUGUGACUAUGGAGACGCUGUCGGACUCAGGACGCUUGAUUGCAACAAUCCCCACCAUGGUCAAGGCUCUGUUGGCUCAAUGGAAACGAAAGCCGCAUUGGCGUGUCGAAGAUGAUCAUUUUGAACAGGUGUCUGGGUUGCUCUCGCUGAACGCUGUUGUGCUGACCGUGAACGGUUUUGCUAGUGCUCAGAGUGUGAGGCCCGAUAUCUACAGAUUGUCCAUCAAAAGCGUGCCAAAGAUCGUUUCUACUUUACUGCACAUCGAUACAAUGGAAGACGAGUUGUUGUUUCACCGAGAUUUGGGAGUUGAUCCCACACGCGACAUCGGGAACAGCGUGGUUGUGUUGGACCCCAAUACAGAGGUUGAUAUAGCAAAAAGAGAAGAAUUGACGGGACGAGGUAAACAAAGAAGCAGGUACAACGAUCGCCAUCGGACACAAUGCUCUGCUCAUCCGUUGCAUGACUUCUCGGUAGAGUCUAACCGUUGUAGGUGUAAGGACACCCAUUCGCCUGCUUUUGUUGUGAGAACUUUUACCAAAUCGAGUCAUAAUACCCUGGGUGCAUCUAGAGAUGAUUCUGGAAGCUUUCAAGCGCAGGAACCGAACGGAUCCCAAUAUCUGACAACUGUGGGUGCUGUGAAGGCAGAGACCAAACCUCGUCUAAUACCUGGUAAUCUAGCUCCUGGGUCAGGACAACUAGCAUCCAAUCGAAUGUCAUUUCUAGCUUUCCCAGAUGAAUUGGCGUUUGGCAUGAAGAGCGACGUUGUGAGCUUUGAGUUGGAUCCCGCUUUUGUAAAUGAUUCGAACGCCAACGUUCAGGAACAGCUACCGACUGUUGACAAAGACUGGAGAAUAACCGUUAAAGCAGAUAUCACAUAG